AGAGGGCUACGAUGGUCCCGCGGAGUCAGACGGGCUGGCUGGGCCCGCUGGCUUUUUGUCUGCUUAUCGCAGGCAUCGAGACCAUAUCCAAGAAUUUCGUCAACAGCUCCAUGCCCGAAAUGAGGCCAACCUUUGUUGUCAAUUUUGACAUGGCCACCGUCAUUUGUCAGCACAGUGCCGAAUCAACAGAUCUGCACCUACACGAAAUCAGUGUACUAUGUGACGGCAAAAACGACUGCUACCAAAACCCGGCCAUGCAUGAUGAAAGUUUUCCUUACUGUGAAAGGAAAUGCAACUCGACGUGCAGCGAUCGUGGUGCUUGCCUCUAUGAUGGUCAAAAACCGCAAUGCUACUGUAAUUCCGGAUUCUCAGGGCCAAUGUGUGAAAUUGUCGACAAAAACGAAUGCCUGGAUAAGCCGUGUCAUUGGCUGGCCCACUGCCAAAACACCCUAGGAUCCUACGAAUGUGCAUGUUUUCCAGGAUUUCAUGGUGACGGCUAUCAUUGCGCAGAUAUUGAUGAGUGUUCAAUGAGCAAAUACACUUGCCCCGAGAAUUCCGUAUGUGUCAAUUUACCAGGAACCUAUUUCUGUAAUUGUACCGAAGGCUUCGCACCGAAGGGACUUCCACUGGAAAAAUGUGCUGAUAUCAAUGAAUGUGAGAUGAAUCUGCACAAUUGUGGAGAAAGUCAAAUGUGUCAGAAUACGAUUGGCGGGUACAACUGCGUCGACCGCUGCUCGCAAGGCUACGAAUAUUUGGAUGGCGAAUGCGUGGACAUAGAUGAAUGCCGUCUUGAAAAUGUGUGUGAUCCUCGUGCACAAUGUAUCAAUACUCCCGGAGGAUUCCAAUGCAGCUGCGAUGCCGGACUAACCGGAGAUGGACAUUACUGCGAACCGAUCACUGACUGCAGCCAACAGGAGGAUAUCUGUGACCGACACGCGUUUUGCAUCAAAUCGCUGAAGUUGUGCCUUUGCCAGACCGGCUACGUUGGCGAUGGCAUUACCUGUAAUGAUGUAAACGAAUGUGCAACAGUGGAAAGCCCAUGUGCAAAUCAAACUGGUCAUCGCUGUGUGAACAUCAAUGGCGGCUACAUCUGUUGUGAUGAAGAUGUCGACGAUGAUCGAUGUAUCAAAGAAAAAGGCGCCUUCUGUGCGGGUGGAUGUGGAUUGCAUGCGGUAUGUUACAAUCAAACUUGCCAAUGUAUGGAGGGAUUCGUUGGAGAUCCACACACAAGAUGUAUAGAUGUGAACGAAUGCGAAUCAGACAACAUGUGCGCUGGAGUGGGUGAAUGGUGUGUGAACAAAAUGGGAGGCCAUCUAUGCUGCUCUUCGGAAAGCGAGGAACCCGAAUGCCAGGUUUGGUACACUUCAUAUAGUGAACUGUCUGCACUACUCGUUUUUCUGUUCUUCUUCCACGCCACGCAUCCAGCACUCACAACAUUUGUGGAGGCAUUCAAUCAUUCUGUUGCUCUUCCACAAUAUAUUAAUGGGUGCUAA